AUGUUUUCCAUUAUCAAUGUUAUUUCUUAUUUACCUAAAAAAUCUUUGAAAACACAAAAUAUUGAAUUAGAUAUUUCUAUGAUAGGGUUUUAUUCUCAGGCAUUCGAACUUACAGUGAAGUUUCUUAAGGAACUUGUGCCUCAAGAUAAAAAUGCAUUCAAACUUCUAAAUGCAUAUUUUGAAAUUGUCAAAAAUCAGAGAGACAACAUUUGUAAACUUAAUACAGCCAGAUUAAAUUUUUUAGAUGAUUUAAGAUUUGUAAUUAUUUCACAUUUAGAAAAUAGCGCAAAAAAAGAACAAAAAGCAUUGAAAAGAUUUCAUUCUAUUCUUCACUUAAUAUCAUUGUUAAACAAUAAUAAACUAUCUUUAUUUUAUGUAGUUAAUACAUGGCUGAAUUCUAAUAGCAGAAUAGAUGAUGAUAAUGAGAUUGUACAUGCCUUAAGGGGCAACAUAGGAAACUUAAUUAAACUUUAUCCUAAUUGUCGUGAAGCAUUCGAAGAAUUGACAAAAAUUGAAGCGCAUUAUAGAAAUUGUAAAAUUUCUUCCUUGAAAUAUUCUUUGUUGAGGAAAGAAUGGAUACAAAAUUAUUAUUACAGUCUUCCCUGUUCUUUACAAGAUAUAUUUACUGGUAAAAUUCAAUACGAUUUUCAUUGGUCUGAAAUUUUAUGCUUUAAGUUGGCAUAUGGAAGCUCAAAAAACUCCUUAAAUGACGUUUUGAAAGAAAUGAAUGAUCUAAUUUCUUGUAAAGAUGAAAUAUACUAUAUUUUAACAAAUAACUACGAUGAACUUAUUAAAUCAUCAUCGGGUUGGAUCAAAAUGAUUUAUUGUUUACUAUAUAACAUAAGUAAUAGGAGUGAUAUCUAUGAUUCUAUAUUAGAACUGGGAAAUAACUUGUUAAAACUUGAUUGGCAAGUUGCACUGGAUUAUUUUUCAUUUACUGCCUAUUCAAAUCAUUUUUUUGAUAAAAUUAUCUUGAAUCUAAAUAUGAAUCCUGUUAUUUUUGAUUUUUUACAGAGAUAUGCUAUAAGGAAUAAUUUUAAUUCAGAUGGACUAAACAAAACUUAUGCAAAUUGUCUUCUAAAACAAAGAAAUUUUAUAGAUUACCUUAAAUUUAUUAAUAAUGAACAUUUAGCAGAUUUUGAUGUGACUACAGAUUUUUUGAAUUUUAUUUUUGAAAAUUAUAAUGAAGUAAAAGAGCAUUUUAAUAAUUCGUUUUUAAAAACUGAGCUAGGUUUAUAUUUAAUCUUGUUAGAUAAAUUAAUAAAUGGACAUAUUGAACUUUGGGAAGAUGAAAUAAGCGCAUUUUUGCAGCAUAAAUAUACAUUUAAUUAUAUUAGAAAAAUAUUAGAUAUUUUUAUUGAAUCUAAAAACAUUUCUGAACUUGUUUUAAUUAAGAUUUUGGAUUUUAUAUUGCAUAAACAUAAAGAUCUUAUAUUGGAUAAUAAAGAUACAAAUAUUUAUAAAAUUAAAUUAAUAGAAAAACUGUAUAAAAGAUCAAAAUAA